AUGCUGUUGUCUCGUGAGAUUUUACUUUUAACCACCGCCUUGCUGCCAUCCGCACUUGCAGACUGGCAAUAUCUAUCACGUCCAGAUCUUUCUCCCCCAAGAUUGAACAUCACUAUUCCAGCAACCGCCGCGGUCGACGAGGGCUACCUUUUUGUUGCCCCGUAUUCUGGGUUUGACCAGGGCAGCGUUGGCCCAGAUCAGCCGGGAGCUUAUAUAUUCCGCGACAACGGAGACCUGGUUUGGUCUGGUUAUGGUUAUCUUGCUGGCUGGAUUGCCGAUUUUGCCCCAACUGUAGUUGAUGGCCAAUCGGCCAUUGCCGCUUUCCAGGGUAUCUUAGAUGCAAGACAUGGCCGUAUGUACGGCAACCAUGCUGUUCUGAACAGGCAUUAUGAGACCGUGCAGGUUGUGGGCACUGCAUCCCACCGUCUGGCUUCCUGCCAUGAAUUUCGGGUGGUGGAUGGCAAGUCUGUCUUGAUUGAAACCCCAGUUGCGCAACCUGCAGACCUUACUGCAUACGGAGCCGAGGAAGACCAGAGGUGGAUUGUGAGUAAUGGUUUUCAAGAAAUCGAUAUUCAGACUGGAGAAUUGAUAUUUGAAUGGUAUAGCACUGACCAUGUUACGCCGAGAUACAGCAAAUUACCCUUGGAGGGUGAUGGAAGUUUCAGUGCUCGAACCUCUGCUGAUGCAUGGAACUAUUUUCAUAUCAACAGCGUUGAUAAAGACGACGAGAAUAACUACCUCAUCUCUGCUCGGAACUAUGCCACUAUCUUUAAAAUCAACGGCACUGAUGGCGAAAUUAUCUGGCGAUUGGGAGGCACUCACGGAUCCGAUUUUGAGAUUCCUCGCGAUGUCGAGUUUGCCUAUCAACACGAUGCUCGGUUCCGCUAUCGGUCGCCCGAUGGCUCAAUUGAGCGGAUUUCGUUCUUUGAUAAUGCGGCCCAUUCGGCUGGCAGACGCAUCAAUCCAUUCUCUAGAGCACGAUACGUCGAGUUGAAUCAUACUGCUGGUACAGCCCGAGCUAUCAACACCUUCCGGCCUCCUGACGAUUUGGUGGCGUACUCCCAAGGAAAUGCUCAGCACCUGCCAAACGGCAACGUAUUUGUCAACUGGGGUCAAGCUGGUGCUGUUACGGAGUACAAUGAGGAAGGAAAGGUUAUUUUCCACGCUUAUCUGGAUGCCUAUCCUAGUAAGAAUGUUCAGAACUAUCGUGGAUUUCGCUUUCCCUGGAUAGGAAUUCCGAAAGAGGAACCCGCAGUUCUCGCCCUCGGUGAUCGCAGUGGCCAGAUAUCAGUCUAUGUGUCAUGGAAUGGCGAUACAGAGACAGCAUUUUGGUAUUUCUACCUUGUGGAUGGAAGAAGUGGAGCAAAGUUAGAUUACUUGGGAAAGCAGAGAAGACUAAGCUUUGAAACCACAUUCGAGGCCACCUUAAGUCAAACCAUGACAGCAAACUUAGCUGAUGUACACAUCAUUGUCGAGGCUCACGAUAUCAAUGGUCACAUCGGUGGCCGUAGUAGGCUUACGAAAUUGACCGACAAAGCACCAUACAGUCAUUCUUCUGCAUCUACUUCUCACGGCUCGGACAAAUUCUGGUCCGAGCUUCAGCAGCAGAGAUUUGACUUGUAA